AUGCGUGGUGGGAAAACGGCCCCUGUCACUGUCAGGCUCCUGGUAGCAGGGAAGGGAAAACUCCGAGCAGCGAGCAUUCUCAAUAGUGGUGAUAGUGGGACGCUGCUCCCCAUCCACGAUACAAAUGAUAUCAAAUCACGAAUACGCUUGGUGUCCAGUGCUCCAGCUGAACCAAACCAAACACCAGUCUCGAAAGCGAUCGCCCUCAUCCACCACCUAUCGUACCUGAUCGACUACUUGGUGCAGUUCGUCCUGGGAAGCGGGAAUGACCGCAAAACACCACCGGAAGCGGCCGACUACUAUCAGACCGCACUGGUAGAGGGCAAAAAUCCAGCGAGCAAAGAUGAGGCCGGUCUAAAGCCGGAUAAUGCACGCGCUCGGCAGGAAACGGAAAUUAUACACAAAAUGAUGAAGGUUUAAGUGUGUGCCAUGCUCACACUCAGUGCUGUAAAGACUACCGCGCAUUCAUUGAACUCUAAGACAGGGUGUGAUCGUUUGCAUCUCUCUUGCCAAUUCAUGAUGAUGACAAAACCUAAAUCGAUGCCGUACAAACACCUGUGUGUGUGUGGGCAGUGUGGUGGAAAUUUUUAAUAACCAUAACCCCAAUAGAUCACCGGGGCAGAUUUGUGUUGGUUUCAAUCCUUGACAUGAUUGCAACGGUGCCGUGCUGUGACAUCGACAGCCCAUCGUCACCACGCAAAUCGAUCGCUGACCAUCGUCGUAUCUGAAGUUUUGGACCGGCGACUCCAAGGGAGAAGGUUCAUUAGUAUGCUCAGCCGAUCAUUAAGCGUUGACUGCGGCGUGCUGUGGACCA